AAAGAGCUCAACGCCCCGAGGCUUCACCAUGACGGCGGAUGUUCAACGGCUCCUGAUCCAGUUCAAAGAUGAAGCCGGGCAAGUUCUGGGGGCUCCGUUUGAUGUCCCCGUGGAUAUCACCCCGGAAAAGCUCCAGUUGGUUUGCAAUACUCUCUUGGAGAAGGAGGAUCCCCUGCCCUUGGCCUUCUACGUCCAGGAGUCCGAAAUCGUGGCCUCCCUGCAGAAGACCCUGUCCGAACUGACCCUCGAGACCGAACGGGUGGUCGAGAUCGUCUACCAACCCCUGGCUGUGUUCCGGGUGCGAGCCGUGACCCGCUGCACCAGCUCCUUGGAAGGCCACAGCGAGGCCGUCAUCUCGGUCGCCUUUAGCCCUACCGGAAAGUACCUGGCCAGCGGAUCUGGGGACACCACCGUGCGCUUCUGGGACCUGAACACGGAGACCCCACACUUCACAGCCAAGGGUCACCGCCAUUGGGUGCUGAGCAUUGCUUGGUCGCCUGACGGAAGGAAACUGGCCUCCGGGUGCAAGAACGGGCAGAUAAUGCUCUGGGAUCCAAGCACCGGGGCGCAAAUUGGCCGCAUCCUGGUGGGACACUCCAAGUGGGUCACGUCGCUCUGCUGGGAACCUCUGCAUUUGAACCCCGAGUGUCGCUAUUUAGCCAGCUCUUCCAAAGAUGGCAGCGUUCGAAUCUGGGACACGGUAGCCGGCCGCUGCGACAAGAUCCUCACCAGCCACACUCAGUCGGUCACCUGCCUCCGGUGGGGAGGGGACGGCUUGCUGUAUUCCUCUUCACAAGACCGCACCAUCAAAGUCUGGAGAGCCCAAGAUGGCAUCCUGUGCCGCACCUUGCAGGGCCACGCCCACUGGGUCAACACCAUGGCGCUCAGCACAGAUUAUGUCCUCCGGACGGGAGCCUUUGAGCCGGCCAAAGCUUCCGUCAACCCCCAGGAUGUGAGCGGAUCACUGGCAGAGAUCAAGCAAAAUGCACUAUUGAGAUAUAAUCAGAUCAGGGGCCAAGGACCGGAAAGGCUGGUCUCUGGAUCAGAUGACUUCACCUUGUUCCUUUGGCUUCCGGCAGAAGAUAAGAAGCCCUUGACCAGAAUGACAGGCCAUCAAGCGCUGAUCAAUCAGGUCCUCUUCUCCCCCGACACCCGCACCAUUGCCAGCGCAUCCUUCGACAAGUCAAUCAAGCUGUGGGAUGGACGGACCGGGAAGUAUCUCACCUCCCUGCGUGGACACGUCUCAGCCGUGUACCAGAUUGCGUGGUCGGCCGACAGCCGCCUCUUGGUCAGCGGAAGCAGCGACAGCACCCUCAAAGUGUGGGACACCAAGACGCAGAAGUUGGCCGUUGACCUGCCUGGACACGCGGAUGAGGUGUUUGCGGUGGACUGGAGUCCCGAUGGCCAACGGGUAGCAAGUGGAGGGAAGGACAAAUGCCUCCGGAUAUGGAGACGAUAGCGGAAGGACUGAAGAUCAACUUUUUAAAAUUCUUUUCUGACCCUUACUUUGGUCUCCUCCUCCUCCUGUUUUAGGGAAGAUUUGGAGGGUUUGAGAUCGGGGCCAUUGUGUGCAGAAUACUUGCAAAGAGCAUCCUUUUAUAUUGGAAAACUAUACUGAAUAUUUUCGUCCAUGUUCAUAUCAACACGGAUGCUACAGCGCAAGCAGGAAGACCUUCAGAUCAUUUCACCUUAAGUAAUGAACUAUGCUGGUCAGGAACAAGCCACCAUUCCCUUGCUUUGGACGCCCAUCAAUAAGAUGGAUAUCAAUAUCUCAUUCCCUCUAAUAACAAACUCUGAGAUGAGUACAGAACAAUUGGGACUCUUGACAAACGAAAGGAAGGUUUCGUUCAGGUUUGGCUGAACUUAAAUAUUUAGAUCACUUUAAAAAAAAAGAGAGAGAGAGAGAAUUAUCCAGGAAGACCGAAAAACCACCAGAAAAAAAUUCAAGAAGGAACUGAAGAUAUAGCACAAGGUAGCCACAAUUUUGACUUAACGUUUGAUAAAAAUGAAGAAGCAAAGAUGGAAUGGAGGUCGCCCAAAGAAGGAUGGAGACUGGCGGAAAAUCUGCAGCAGUUAGGAUAGGAUUACUGUACGCUGCAAUGUGGGGUUGUUGUUU